ACAUGUAUAUAUCGUCUCAUUUGUUCUUUCUUUAAAAUGUUAAAUCUUUGUCCAAAUGACAAAUAUCACAGCGACAUUAUGUUAUUUCAAACACUUUUACUUUAUUGAAAAGUUGACAUCACUUUAUUUCAAACAAUUUGUUUCAUGGAAGAUUGGAGCCUACCAACAAACACUUUCUGAGAAAUUGUCCCUUGCCAUUGGCGUUUUCUUCAGCCUUCUUCCAAUUAGAACUUCUGCAACUGUAUCUGAAGUUUCCCCAAUCCAGUGCUUCCAAUUUCCACACACUUUCCUACCAAGGCUCUUAAAAAGACCAUAUUCACACUCUUAACAAUAGCAUCAAAAUCAAAGUCAACUCUUGAAUCAGCAAUGAUCACUGAUGUACCUUCUUCUUCUUCCUCUUCCUCUCCCUCCGUCAAGACCCGUAGAUGGAUCAACCAUGUAUUCAUCAGUUUCAGGGGUGCAGACAGCAGAAAAGGCUUCACAGAUCACCUUUAUGCUGCACUGGAAAGAAGGGGUUGUAUCAAAACUUUCAAGGAUGAUCAUGACCUUGAGAGUGGGGAAAUCAUAUCUAAAGGGCUCAUCAAGGGAAUUCAAGAGUCCAUGUUUGCGCUUGUUGUCCUCUCACCAAACUAUGCUUCCUCAAGAUGGUGCUUGGAUGAGCUGCAAAACAUCGUUGAGUGCAGGGAAAAGUUCAACCAAGUGGUUUUUCCUAUCUUCUAUGGUGUAGAAUCCUCUGAUGUAAGGUAUCAGAGAGGAACCUUUGAAGAAGCUUUCAGAAAACAUGAAGAGAGGUUCAAAGAAGAGAAGGGGAAAGUCCAAAGAUGGAGAGAUGCAUUGCAAAAAGUUGCAAGUUAUUCCGGUUGGGACUCCAAAGAUAAUCAUGAGGCAGCAUUGAUUGAAAGAAUUGUUGAUCACAUACAAAAAUUACUGAUUCCUAAGUUGCCAUCAUCAGUAGGAAACCUCGUUGGUGUUGAAUCAAGGAUGAAAAAGUUGAAUUCACUCAUCGGUAUGCAGUUGGAUGAUGUUCGCUUUAUAGGUAUAUGGGGCAUGGGAGGCAUAGGAAAAACAACAACUGCCAGAUUAAUAUAUGAAUCAAUCGAAGAGCAGUUCAACUUUAGUUGCUUUCUAGCAAACAUUAGAGAGGUUUCUGCAAAACAUGGCAUAGUUCACAUCCAAAAGGAACUUCUUUCUCAUCUUUCUGUAAGAAGUAAUUACUUUCAUAAUUUGUUUGAUGGGGUAAAAAUAAUAGCAAACUCUUUGCACAACAAAAAGGUCCUCCUUGUUCUUGAUGAUAUAAGUGAAAGAAGCCAAUUAGAGAACUUAGCCGGAAAACAAGAAUGGUUUGGUCCCGGUAGCAGAAUAAUAAUCACUACUAGAGAUAAGCAUCUGCUAAUGGCACAUGGCGUGCAUCAGACAUGCGAGCUUGAAGGCUUAGUUCAGGAAGAAGCCCUUCAUUUAUUCUGUCUGAAAGCUUUUAAACAAGAUCAACCCAAAAGCCAAUAUCAGAAUUUGUGCAGCGAAGUGGUUGAAUACACAAGAGGCCUUCCAUUGGCACUUGAAGUAUUGGGGUCCCAUCUUUGUGGAAGAACUCCUGAGGCUUGGCAUAGUGCUUUAAAGCAAAUAAGAAGUUCUCCACACCCUGAAAUCCAAAAUUCAUUGAAAAUAAGUUUUGAAAGUUUGUCUAGCACAGAGAGAGAAAUAUUUUUGGAUAUUGCUUGUUUCUUCAAAGGCAUGGACAAGGAUGAAGUAGUAGAAGUGUUAGAAAAUUGUGGUCAUUUUUCACAAAUUGGAAUUGAAAUUUUGAUUGAAAAAUCUUUGGUCACUCUUGGUAGGCGUAAUCAAUUGGAAAUGCAUGAUUUACUUCAAGAAAUGGGAAAGAAUAUAGUGUUUCAAGAAUCUCCAAAUGAUCCAGGAAAACGUAGUAGAUUGUGGUCUCAAGAUGACAUCAGCCGUGUGUUGUCACAAAAUAAGGGAACUGAAGCAAUUCAAGCAAUAGUAGACGAUGCUCGAGUUCGACCAUUAGCAAGAUGGUUCUCUGAAGUAAUGCUACCAACAUUGUACUACAAUAAACCAUAUGAAGCAAGAUGGAGCUCUGAAGCUUUCUCCAAGACCAGCAACAUAAGGUUGUUAAAGAUACGUAAUGUGGGUCGUCUUUCCCAUGGCCUUGAGUGCCUUCCUUAUGCACUCAGAGUUCUUGACUGGCAAGGAUGCCCUCUGAAAACUCUGCCACUUACUGAUCAACUGGAUGUUGUUGACAUCAAUUUGUCUUGGAGCAAAAUUGAACAACUUUGGCACGGAACAAAGAUUUUACAUAAGUUGAAGUGCAUCAACUUGAGUUUUUCCGGUAAUCUAAACCAAACCCCUGACUUUGUGGAGGUUCCGAAUCUCGAAUCGUUAGUUCUUGAAGGUUGUACAAGCCUAACCGAAAUCCACUCAUCUGUUAUGCACCUCAAGAAACUUGUUCAAUUGAACUUAAAAGGCUGCAAAAGGCUCAAAGCUCUUCCAGGUAAAAUGGAGAUGAGUUCAUUAAAGGUUUUAAAUCUUUCUGGUUGUUCAAACAUGAACACUGUCCCAGACUUUGGGAAUUGCAUGGGACAUCUAGCAGAGCUUCAUUUGGAUGGAACUGCUGUAACAGAGCUACCUUCAUCAUUAGGAUGUCUGGUUGGACUUGUUCUUUUGCAUUUACAGAAUUGCAUGUAUCUUGUUUGCCUUCCGGAUACCAUUCAUAAGUUGAAGUCCCUCAAAGUUCUUAAUGUUUCUUAUUGCUCGAAACUCCGUAGCUUGCCAGAGUGCCUACAGGAAAUGAAUAAUCUGGAAGAACUUUAUGCAAGCAACAUUGAAGAACUACCUUUAUUUUUAUAUUAUCUAGGAAACAUCAAAGCAGUGUCAUUUGCUGGUUGCAAAGGGCCAACAUCUGAGUUUAAUUGCUUUCGAGUUCCAUCUGCUGUUUGCGGUCCAUCCCUUUUGAUAAGGUUAGAUUUAAGUUACUGCAAUCUACCUGCUGAAUCCAUACCAGAUGGUUUUUGUGGCUUAUCUUUGCUGAGGGAUUUAGAUCUUUCUGGCAACAACUUUGUUAACCUACCAAGCGACAUUUCCAAACACACUACGCUUGAAUAUCUUUGUCUAAACUGGUGCAAGAAGCUUCAGUCAUUGCCUGAGCUUCCAUUAAGCAUAAAAAGUGUAGAUGCAAGCAACUGUGCCUCAUUGGUAACUUCUAAAUUCCAUCCAUCUAGCAAAUGCAGCAUUUUUGCAUCACUUGUACAAUGGCACUUACCAAGAGAACGGAAGUGCCUCCUUAAGGGGAUUUGCUUUCCGAGAAAACGAUUCGACAUGUUUAUCACUGGGAAUAAAAUUCCAUCAUGGUUUGCACCUCAAAAGUCCUCUUCCUUUGCAGAAAUACCAUUUCCUCAUCCUUCUCCUCCAACUGAAUGGCUGGGAUAUGCUCUGUGUUUCUUGCUGGUAGCUGAUCGGCCUCUGGGCUAUUACGAUGCAGAGAUCACUUGUUUCACGGCAACACAAACAUCAUUAGAGUCCCGCAUACUCGUACCAGAUAUUCAGGCCAAAAAAAUAACGGUACCGGAUAAAGAUCAUUGGAGGGCUGAGUCUUACGUGAUCACCAGGAGUGUUCCUCUUAUGGAGCCAAAACAACCGCACCUUUACAUUCUCUUUCUGUCCAUUGGAGAAUACCUUGAAAGAAUGCAUACAGGUUAUGGGUUUGGUUUGACGAGUUGGUCUGACGGUUCAUUGAGAAUAGUGCAGGCUGGGUGUCGUCUGGUGUGCAAGGAAGAUCUUCAAGAUAUUUAUGGAAAUCAUUCCCAUACUUCCUCUGUAGGGCCUAAUGAAAAAAACCAAAAAAUAAACAACAACGAUGGACCAAGCUCAUAACCUUUCUUUCUUUUCCUUCCACUCCAACGGCGCACACAAACACUUCACAGGGACCAAAAAAAAAAAAAAACACUUCAAUACAGCAAUACACACGUAUGGGCGAGUAUGUAAUGCCUAUGUUGUUGUUGUGUCCAUAAGGGAUUUGAAUUUUAUUUAAGAAUUUGUUACAUGCAUAAAUCGAAAUUCAAACUCUCAACACUUGUUUAAGCAUAUGAGUGAGUUGAUUAUUAACACAAAUUAAUUUCUAGAAUAAAAGACAAAUAGGUCCCUAACUUUUUUAAACUCGAACAUUUU